AGCCGGGUGGUGCCCUACCUACAGGCAGACUGUGCCGCGAGGCCAUGGCGGCUCCCGGUCCCUGUGCUGACGGCCUCUGCUGCUCUCACUCAGGCGUGCGGCAGUCGCUGGACGAGAUGGAUUUCGAGAGGGGAAUCUGGUCAGCAGCCCUUAAUGGAGACCUGGGCCGAGUGAAGUAUUUAAUCCAGAAGGCAGUAGACCCUAGCCAGCCCGACUUGGCUGGCUACACCGCUCUACACUAUGCCAGCCGCAAUGGACACUACGCAGUAUGCCAGUUUCUGCUGGAAAAUGGGGCCAAGUGUGACGCCCAGACACAUGGGGGUGCCACCGCCCUGCACCGGGCCAGCUACUGUGGGCACACUGAGAUUGCACGGCUUCUGCUCUCACAUGGGUCCAACCCCAGGCUGGUAGAUGACGAUGGCAUGACCAGUCUACAUAAGGCUGCUGAGAAGGGCCACAUGGACAUCUGCUCCCUCCUAUUGCAACACAGCCCCGCCCUGAAGGCCGUGCGGGAUCGGAAGGCACGACUAGCAUGUGACCUGCUGCCCUGCAACAGUGACCUGCGGGACCUCCUAGCCAGCUGAAUCACCACCCUUCUGUCUCAGGCUGCCAUGUGAGGACACACAGACUAGGUCUCCGGGCCUCAGCUUUGGUCAGCAUCCAUGCUGCAGGUUGGGAAACUGCGGCCUGAAGACUCAGGAAGAGCCCAGUUUUGGCCACUGAAGUGAGGGAGUAGAUUUGGGGGCUGCAAGUGCUUAAAUGUGGGCAGAUGAUGCUAUUUUAAAUUAAUUCAUGUGGAAACAUCUACUCAUUGGAAAAAAUAAAGUUAUAGUCUUACCUCAUCCCAUGCCAAAAUUUCAAGUAGGUUAAAGACCUAAAUUGAAAAACAUGAAACUACGUAAAUAUUAGAAGAAACCAUGGAAGAAGAUAUAACAAAUUAAAAGCUUCUGCCAGCCUAAGGUCCUUGGUAAAAGUCACUUUACCUGUUCCUGUUUCCUCACCUAUAAGGUGAGAAUGAUUAUAAUGGGGCCCCUCUCAAAGUCACUGGAGGUUAGAUGCCUGAGUGCAUGGGGAACACUGGAGAGAGCUCCUGGCCUGCUGCGAGCAACAUAUUAGAACACCCACUUCCUCAAAACCUGAUCAGCAUGUUUUUAUACCUUAAUCUCAUUCAUUUUAAUAAUCUGAUAGAUUUAAAAGUAUUGUUUCAUUUUGAAUUGCUGAGUACUAAUGAGGUAGACACCUGUCUUUUGUGAACUUGUCCAUAUCCUUUGCCCAUUAAAUUUUUCUCUUUUUUAUUGA